AUGCGCCGACUUCCAUCCAGGAAGUGCCGGGAAGGCGAGGCCUCUGGUCUAACCGGGUUGAGACUUUCAUCAUCGGAGGAGGGUGGAGUCUCGGGACUGGUCAGGAGUCCAGCAUCACCUGCCCCCCUUCUACACUCCUGCCUAUUUUCCUUGAGCAGAGACAUCAUGCCUCAUGGUCACAAGAGUAAGCUCCGCUACCGCGAGAAACGUCGCCAGGCCCAAGGUGACACCGGCAGUGUCAAGAGUGCUCAGGGGUCUCAGAGGGCCCCAUCCACCAGCACUGGUGGGGCAGGUUCGUCGGGCUCAAGAGCUCCUAGAGGGGCCGAGGGCCAAGAUGAGGGAGGUCCAAGUUCCUCUUCUGCCCGAGCACCCAAUGAGAGGUCACAUAGAGAGGUAACCAGGAGGGUGAUCAUCUUGUCACAGUUCCUGCUGUCCAAGUAUGAAGUGCAAGAGUGCCUUACCAAGGGAAAAAUGAUGAAGAUCAUCAACAAAGGGUACAAGGAGCACUUCCCUGAGAUCCUGAGGAGAGCCUCUGAGUACGUCCAGCUGGCCUUUGGCCUUGACGUGAAGGAAGUUGAUUCCAAAGGUCAGUCCUAUACCAUUGUCAGCAAAUUGGAGAUUACCGAAGAAGAGAAUCUGAGUGGUGGCAGGGGGUUUCCCAAGAAGGGGCUCCUGAUGCCUCUCCUGGCCAUGAUCUACACGAAUGGAAACCGUGCCAGCGAGGAGGAGAUGUGGGAAUUCCUGAAUAUGGUGGGGAUGUACGAUGGCAAGACGCACUUCCUCUUUGGGGAGCCCCGGAAGCUCAUCACCAAAGAUUUGGUGCAGGAAAAGUACCUGGAGUACCGGCAGGUGCCCAACAGUGAUCCUCCACGCUACCAAUUCCUGUGGGGUCCCAGAGCCCAAGCCGAAGCCAUCAAGACAAAAGUCCUGGAGUUUUUGGCCAAGGACAAGAAUACGUUUUCCAGUGUCUUCCAAGCCCUGUAUGGAGAAAGUUGGGGAGAUGAGGAAGAGAGAGCUGCAGGCAGAGAAUGGGCUGGGGCUGGUCCUCAUGCCAGGGCCAGGGCUAGUGUCAGGGUGAGUCCAGCAGGCCGUCCCAUCCGUGGUGAAGUCUGAUGCAGAUUCUUCACUUUGUUGUUGAAAAUGGUUGUUAACCUUCUAAGUAGUGGAGGCCAGCAUGGGGCUGGAGGGAGCACAUGUAUGUCUUCUUGGAUUCCUGUUAUACUGGAGUAACUUGUAGAUUAAGCUUUUUUUUUUUUUUUUUGUAUUUUUUGAAUGUAGUUCCUUUUAAUUGAAGGUUUAUUAAGAUUCAGAAGCUCAAUUCAACCUCAUGCAUUCAUUGCUAUUGUAUUGCUUGAUUUAGGAGUAAGUGUUUUGUAUUGUGUAAAACAAAUUGAAAAUCCUUGAAUCUAUUUUGAUGAAUCCAGAACUAGUUAACGUGGUAUCAGAAUAGGGAUGUUCUUUGAAACAUUAAAGACAUCUGCAACAAUUAGUUGGGAUCACAAGAUAGAGGUGGAUAAACAUAAAGUUUGGUCAAGUCUUGGUUUCCUCUAUUCCAUUCAGUCAAAGUGAAACGUACAUGUGCCUGGAUUUGUUUGGCUCAUUCAAGGCUGUUGUAGAAAAUAAAUCCUGAUGAUUUGAUCUCUUGUUCCCUGGCUCUUAUUUUCCCCGAACAAUAAUUGUGCAUCUGCCCUUUGGAAGGCUUCAUGCUAGAACUGGGGCCCUUUAGGCAAAGGUGUCGAAGCCCGUGUGUAUAGAUUUUAGAGUCUCAUAGCAGCUCUGAUAGAAGGAGGAGUUUGAGAUACAUUCCAGGACCUCAGGACUAGCAGAAAAGGAGUGAGCACUUCAGGGUUCCCUCUAGUGUAAAUGCCCUGAGGGAGGGCAAUUUGGGGCCUUGGGAGACUUUGAUCUCUCAGUGUGGAUUGGGGGAAUUUUAAGUUAGGAAGCAUAGGGUAGGGAAAGUUACGGGGUGAGAAGAGCAGGUAGGGGUGAGGCUGCGGGGAAGGAGUUGAGAUAAGCCUGUGGGAGGCGUGAGCAGGGCAAGACUCUCCCAUGAUGUGUCUGAGCCCGGAGAGGCUGAGCCUGGAAUGGAAACCAGCUCUUCACAGUGACUCUGGGAUUGGGGGUAAAGGAGAGAGAAAUCCCCACUUGGGGCAAGACUGGUAGGUAUUCUGCGCUUUUCUCCUCCGUGCACUUGAUCACACACAUGGACUAGGUAUGUUACGCACAGCGUGUCCAUGGAGUUCCUGAGAAAUAGGGCACUCCUCCCUUGGUGUCAGGAAGCCACUGGGAGUAGCCUUUUGCACUGGGCUCGGGGAGCCAGAGGCCAUGACGUUGAAUGGGCGGUAGAAUGAGGUUGUCUUGAGUGUCAUUUGGCAAACUCCAUGUGAAGACUAGACUUUUGGCCGUGGUAAUGUGAAUGAAAAUUGGGGUGACAUACUCUGAAGGGCUUCUGGGAGGGGAAAUUGUUGGUCCUUAACAGCACUUCUAGCUGCUUUGUUUUGCAUUGAACUGGGACAGUCUACCCACAUCCACAUGAAGGAAUAUACUCCCUACUAUGUAUUGAAUUUCACCACCAUGCCCCCUAAAAACAGGUCUUGUAAAUCCUAACCCUAUACAUGUAGUUACAGUGCCAUUUGGGAAUGUGUGUUUUUAUGUCAAAGAGAUGGCAUUGUAAGGUGUGUCUUUUUGAGUCAACCCACCAGCUGCUCCAAGGGAGAAACAUGUAGUUGUCAGCUUCUGUAAAGAUUUACAGCCUUGGAAAUCCUAUGGGGCAGUUGUACUCUGUCCUGUUGCAUCCCUGUGAGUCAGA